CCUAUGGCAGGUUUCCACGUAUCUUGCUGCGAUUUUGGCACUAUUUAUGUCUUCGCCAAGUAACAUUUUUAAAAUGAAAUUUUUCAAAGUUUCUGUCGAUCAUUUUGAAUUUAGGAAAGAAUUUUCCCCGUAUAUUUUGGAAUGGCAAGAUUCAUUUAAAAAGUGUAACUCCGUUUCUACCAUGCCCUGGCUGCAGUGAAUGCAGAGCAUCUAUUUUCUGGGCAGCCAGGUUUGCCUGUGUCUGCCCCUUUCGAUAGCCAGGCUAUGGUUGCUCAAUAUCUCUCUCUCUCUCUCUCUCUCUCUCUCUCUCUCUCUCUCUCUCUCUCUCUCUCUUUCUCUUUCUCUUCUCUCACGCUUAUUCUCUCACUUUGUGCACCGGUCAUAUUGGGCACCAAUAUGCCAAGGGGGUUCCCCAGACAACACAAAUUGUGACCCUGGGAUGAGGAUGAAUGUACUAUUGCCGGAGAAUGACCUACAAUAUUUAUGAAAUGUAGUUUCACCACAUUUCUCAGAAAAGUGGUGGUAACAAAUCGCUGUCUUUUGAAUCAAAUAGCUUUUCAGUUGUGAAGAUGUUUUAUGUUUUAGGCUGUGGACAAUUUAUUCUGGAAACCGAGAGAGAGUGCUGGAGUCACACUCCUGUCCAGGCGGUGGCAGUAAUGCAUAGUUUUCUGGUUGGUUUACCAACUACCGGGAGUUCACAAGUAAGAACAUUAGAGAGGAGUCCACGUGAAAAGUCCACCGUGUUGCCGUUGUUGGUUCUGUAAAGGAAACUCUGGACGGGAUCAUCUGUUGUCCGUUGCUAAGAUGAAUCUGGGACUGCCGUUGAGACCCGGCUGUGAUGAAACACACCAGGUACCCCUGAGACUGAGAGUGAAAGAAGAGGACAUAAAAGAAGAGGAAUACGGACAUAUGAUUCCAUGGCAAGAUGAAGAAGAAAAGCCCAUUGCAGAUAUUCACUGUAAAACGGAAUCAGAUUUCACAGAGUCACUAAGCUCCACUUAUAAUGAAACGCUACAGACAACAGUGGAGGUUAAAGUGAAGAAAGAGGAGUAUGAGCAAGAACACAACGAUUGUCCUCUGGAAAGUGCAUCAGAACAUCCAGAUGGAACCCAACAGAAGAUCCAUGGACAGAAUGAUGAACUCAACCAGCAACUCAAUGGAAGGCCGUACCACUGCACAGUCUGCAGGGAGAGUGUCACGGUCCUGAGAGUAAAGAGAUGUGCAAUGGAGAACGAAGAUAUUGUACAUGUUUUAUUGAACAAACCGUUUCAUACAUUUAGCUACAGAGAGAAGGUUAGUAUCAAAACAACAGGGAGACCACUUCCAAAAAUUCAAGUCACUAAACCCAAUGGUAAAACUGCUGCCGUUAAUGCUAACUGGUAUGCGAAAUACUCAUGGCUCACUGGUACCAUUACAAACAAUCGGCUAUACUGCUGGCCCUGUUUGCUCAUGGGUAAAUCACACACAUGGUCUGUAAAUGGAUUCGCCGACAUAAAAAAUUUGGACAGGGCAACAAAACGUCAUGAUAAAUGCCAAGACCACGUUGGCGCAGCAAUUCGGUUGUCCUUGCUUGGCACCAUGCCAAUUGAUGAGGUCGUGGAUGAGGGUGUGCGGUUGCAAAUCGCGCAGCAUAAUGCUAAAGUGCCCCAAAAUAGGGAGGUUUUGAAGAGACUUAUUGAUGCAACUGCCUAUCUAGGCAUGCAAGAAUUGUCAUUCAGAGGGCAUGACGAGGGGGUAGAUUCGGACAAUAGGGGUAAUUACAGGGAGCUGGCAGGGGUGAUGGCACGGUAUGACCAUGUGCUGGCAGAACAUAUGCAAGGUUCAUCAAUUUUCACAGGCAUGUCCAAAACGAUACAGAAUGAUUUGAUUUCCGCAAUAUCCAGCACUAUUCAUCAAGACAUAACAAAUGAUUUGGAUAAGGCGCCCUUCUUCUCGUGGCAAUUGGAUGAAACAACUGACAUAAGCUGCCAUUGUCAGCUCUCUGUGAUGAUGCGAUUCGUGGAUGAUCAGGGCAGAAUACAGGCACGUUUCAUGGGCUUCUUCGACGUAUCCGAAGGGAGGGAUGCACAGUCCUUAUUCCAAUUUGUGCAGGCACAGUUGUCCUCUUUCAAUUUCGUUGACAAACUUGUAGCGCAAACGUAUGACGGUGCGGCCGUCAUGGCCUCGGACCUUAAUGGCUUGCAGGCUAAAGUAAGAGAAUUGGCACCCAGUGCAACAUUUGUCCACUGUUAUGCCCAUCGCCUAAAUCUGGUCUUGAGUCAGGGUGUCAGGUCCAUCCCCCAGGCAAAAUACUUCUUUGUUCACCUGGGUGGGUUCACGUCGUUCUUCUCCAAAUCCAGGAAGAGAGUGGCAUUGCUCAAGGAUCAUGGUUGCGCUAGAAUGCACAGGAGCGCUCCAACGCGCUGGAACUUCACCUCCAGGGUCGUGAACACAGUUGCCUCAAAUUAUGACAAAAUGGUGGAGAUUUUUGACCACUUCGUUGACCAUCCAUCAAUGGAUGACGAAACUAUACGUUUAGCUGAUGGGUUGAGGGGAAAAUUAGAGGACUUUGAAUUUGUGUUUUUACUCUUCACUUUCGAGCAAUUAUUUUCACACACUGACGUCGUGUUUGACAUCUUGCAACACAAAUCCAUUGAUGUCUCCUAUUGCAGACUGCGCAUAGAGAGCCUCCUACGGAUCGUUGAGAACCUAAAAUUGGAGAACACAUUUGUCCAAAUUUACCAAAGGGCCGUCGCUGUAGACGACCCAGAAUUAAUUCACCGGAGAAAAAGGAGGCAGGGCCAGUCCAAUCCGCGUCAAGCUUAUAGGCGGCUGUACGAUUCCAUUCACGACAGUAUCAUCACCCAAAUCACGCAGCGCUUUCAACAUCUAGAACGCUUGCAAUUCAUGGAGCUUUUAAAUGUGGACAAAUUUGAGUCUUUCAAGUCAGAUUUCCCCACGCAGUCACUUUUAAAUUUGCUCGAGACAUACGGCCAAUUCUUUGAUCAGGACAAGUUGAAAAUAGAACUGCUGCAUUUCUAUCGUAAUCCAGACAUAAAUUCUUCACGAAAGCUCUGCGAGGCCAUUGGCUUCAUGAAAUCCAGUGGUCUUGAUGGGGCAAUGCCACAGCUGUACAAAUUAAUGUGUCUGAUUGCAACCAUUGGUGCUACUUCUGCAGGGGUUGAGCAAACUUUUUCGUGCCUGAAACGAAUCAAAAGUUACACACGGAACACAAUGGGGCAGGAGAGAUUGAAACAUUUGGCGAUUAUUUCUAUUGAAAAGAACAUUCUGAAGUCUCUUCAAAAAAAUCCUGCCUGGUAUGAUCAAGUCACAGACAUUUUUGCAACUCAAACAGCGAGGAGAAUCGACUUGCUCUUCAAGUGAAUUCAUAUUUAAUUGGCUAACAUUCUGCAGCUAUUGAAAGCAUCAGCAUUUCCGAAACAUUCACAAACAUCCAUCUUGAUUAUUUGUUAAGUAAUGUUCUUGUUCAUGUUAAUAUGUUUUGUUUAAAUCGUUCAUAGGCCUAUUGUUAGUCUGACUGUUCUUGUUCAGCUAACAUUCUGAAUGGAAAUUGUUAAUGAAUGUUUCUGAACGCGAUGUGUUUCGUAUCUAUUCUAAUUAGCCUACGUUGUCACUUGGGCAUUGGCCUCAUAUUAGGCUACUUUGAGUGAUAGCUGUAAUCCUCUGGCAUAAUCUGAGCAGCAAUUAUAGGACGUUUUUGUUUUUGCAACUUUAGAGAACAAAGGUAAUUUACUUAGGGUUUGUACUUUUUCCAUAGGCCUAUUUGUUUUAUAUAGGCUUAAAACAUCUGCUAAGACAGACACAUAGCCUAAACAUAAAAAUAUAUUUCUGUUUAAUAUUCAACUUAGUUAAAGUCAGUCCACCUCUUAGUGAUCAAUGCACAUUGACCAACAUUCUGAAACAUCCAUUAACAUCCACAUUUGCCACAAACAAUGUUAGGCUUACAGCCCAUGGUAAUAUUUGCGAAAUAAUGUAUAAUGUUCUUUUACUUGUUGCCUCAUAUUGCGGAAAGGAUGUUAGUGAAUAAUUCAGAGCAUGAUGCAUUUUAAAUGGCAUCACUUUUGGUCUUAAUGGUCUUGGUCUUAAUUUUUCUUAAAACAAUUGCAGCUAAAAAUAAAAUGAGUCAAAUAAUAACCAAUAGCUUCAGUAAUUGAGGGGGGAACUAGGCCCAAUGAUAGGCCUAGAAUUUUGUAUUUAGUUUUUCAAGUCAAGAGUAGGCGUGAUUUGACUAAUUGGCUUUGAAUCCUUUCCUUCUGGCCUUGUCUAGUCCAAAGACAUGCUGCCCACCAGCUUUCAAAGUACAAUGGUGCCACACUGGUGGCUUUGUAUCAAUUGUAUCCCUGCCUGCUAUUUUGUACUGUAGUUCACAAAAACACCCUGAAACAACUUGUAUCUAAAAUACUUAUGCCACCAACAGAAUAAGCAGGCCAAUGGCAACCAAGCGCGCAGUCCUUCCUCCCUCACUUUAAAAACCACCAGCCGCCACUAAUAUACAGUGACAGGUACUUGCUUUUGUAUUUGGUGAGGUUGGAGACCAA